UGAGUAAGUAUUUUAUUUUAUUAUUUAUUUAUUUAUUAUGUUUUUACCUUAAGAAGAAACGACAUGGACGGUAAAUUUUUUUCCGGCUCGUAGCAGUCGAGGUCUUAAUCUGUUUGGCUUCCCUCAAUCUGAGAUGUUUGCAACGAAUCUGACGGCCCGAGAAAUCACGGAAGCGUCCGCGACGAUCAAUCAAAACCUGGUUCAAUCCUUAUCAGAUGGAUUAUCAAAUGGUAGAGGAUCAAUCCAAUUUCUAUCAAUCAAGGGCAAAAUGGACUGCUAAUUCUACAAAGAUAUUUGCAAAUUUGCUGGUUGAACAAAUUCAACAAGGGAAUAGACCCAACAAUGUUUUUAACAAGAAAGCAUGGAAGCAUAUACAAGAAGAAUUUAACAAACAGACUGGCUUAAAAUUUGACAGGCAACAGUUGAAGAACCACCUUGAUGUGUUGAGGAAGAGAUACAAUUAUGUGAAGGUGCUUCUUGACCAAAAUGAAUUUAGUUGGGAUGUUUCUCAAUGCAUGGUAAUAGCUGAGGAUGCUGUAUGGAAAAAAUACAUUGAGGCCCAUCCUGAGGCUGAAGCCAUCAGAAAGAAGGGAUGUCCUAUUUAUGAACAGCUAUGCACCAUAUUUUCAGAUUCUGAAGCUGAUGGAAAAUGUGCUCUAUCCAAUUCAGGAGAAAUGAUGCAUCAGAUGGAUGAAGAUCAAUCUAGGGCGAAGUGGAGUACAUCACUUGAGAAGAUAUUUGUGGAAUUGAUGCUUGAGCAAGUUCUACAGGGGAAUAGAUCAAACAAUUCUUUUAGUAAGAAAGCAUGGAAUUAUAUAUGUGAUGAAUUUAAUAGACAAACAGGGUUAAAUUUUCAUAAGCAGCAACUGAAGAACCGCCAUGGUGUUUUGAGGAGACUGUACAAUAGUCUGAAGUUACUCCUUGAUCAGGAUGGCUUUAGCUGGGAUGAGUCCCGGGGUCUGGCAAUUGCUGAGGAUGAAGUGUGGGCAAAAUAUAUUGAGGAGCAUCCUGAAGUUGAGUCAAUAAGAUUCAAAGGUUGUCUAGUGUAUGAACAGUUACACGGAAUAUUCUCAGACCUAGAAAGUGAUGGAAAAUCUGCUUUUGCUGCUACUACCCAGAUGGAUGAUCUACCUAGUCAAGAUCAAUCAAAGCUAGAUCAGUCUCGGGCAAAGUGGAUGCCAUCCUUGGAUAAGAUAUUUGUAGACUUGUUGGUUCGGAAGAAUCAACAAAAUUGUGUUUCUAACAAGAAAGCAUGGAAGGGCAUACGGGAAGAAUUCAAUAAGCAGACAGGUUUAAAUUUUGAAGAGCAACAAUUGAGGAACCAUCAAAGUGUUCUUAGGAGGUGGUAUAAUAAUAUAAAUUCCCUUCUUUAUCAAGCUGGCUUCAGUUGGGAUGAAUCCAAGCACAUGGUAAUGGCUGAUGGGAAAACAUGGGAAAAUCACAUCAAGGCAUAUCCCGAGUGUGAAACAAUCAGAAACAAGGAAUGCCCAAUUUUCAAACAGCUAUGCCUCCUGUUCUCAGGGUCCGAAGCUGAAGGCAGAUAUGUUCAAUCAGGUCAUGACUUUGAGUUGGAUCAUGAAAUAGUUACAGCAAAUGCUCCCGAAGCUGCCAGCAUGUCUGCUGAACCAGUAGCAGACGAGGCAUCCUCACAGCCGGGAGAUGACAUGAACAUACCAGAUGGAUGGAAUAAGCGCAGGAUUACAACAUUAAAUCAAUGUUUCCAGAGGAGAACCCAUACAGAAGCCAGUCACAAUGUUGAAGAUGCAGUGUUAGAGACAGCUUGCAGGAGGAAAAAGAGGGCAUCAAUGCUGUCACAGAGAAGUGACCAGUUUUCAAUAUCCAGUUGCAUUAAAGUAUUGAACGAGAUGGAAGGAGUUGAGGAGGAUCUCUAUUUGGCCGCAUUGGAUUUGUUUCAGGACCCUGACCGAAGGGAAACAUUCAUAUCCAUUAGAAGUGAUAUCAGAAUGCCAUGGCUGAAGGGAAAGUGUAGUUCUAUGUCAUAGUUUUCCUCUAGUAAACCUCAUUUUUGUCCUUUUAUUUCCGUUGUGUAUACGUGGAAGAUCAAAUAGAUGGUGGUGGUGGUGGAAGUAUGUAUUUCCGGUUGUCUAUAUAAAUUUCUUUUUUAAUUAAUUUUUUUUAAAGCAAUAUAUGUAUACAGGCAGA